UCUUUCUCUCUCUCUCUCUCUCUCCAAUCACGUUCUCUCUCUAAAACUAUACCCUUUCUUUCCCUUUAUAAGCUCUCUCUCUCUCUCUCUCUUAAAAUCCCUAUCGAAUCCGCCAGCAGAUUCCUGCAGAAGACAAUCGCAAUAUUUUCUGAACCAUACGCCUUGUCACUGAACUUUCUGUCUCGUUUUCCCGAGAAAGGGACAGAAAAUUUGCGUCUACAGCGUCCCGGAUUUGUACGUACGUCCGUACAUAUUCAUUCGUACGUUCUUGGAUGCGUUACUGACUGAGAUUAGGGAGAGAUAGAGGUCGGGAUUGGCGAGGGCUCAUGCGCUUGGCGAGGAGGCAGUCACAAUGUUCGAAUUGAGAGACGGGAGUUGCUAUCCCAAGGCCGUGGUCGGCGUCAGUGCUGCCCUUGCUUGCAUUGACGGUGCAAUUUCUGUUCUUGCAUUUUAUCAGUUAAUAAGGAUUCAUGCAAGGGAUUCACAUCUUGGAUGGACUCGCCAGAAAGUGUUUCAUCUAAUGAUUGGCUGUGCAAAUAUGGGUUAUUUUGUUUACUUUGUUUUGACUCCGCUUGCCGCUUGCAAUGGUUGGCUAUGCUGGUCACACUCUUGUGGAUUUAUUUUCAUGGCAUGUCCCAAAAUUUUGUUUCUUGCAGCAUUUCUUCUACUUCUAUCAUUCUGGGUUGACCUUUGCCAUCAGGCAAAUGAGGAAGAUGAUGAGGAUGAGGAGUGCAGUCCUAGAGAAGCUUUGUUGGAGAGAACAUCCAGUAAACCAGAUUCAAAUUCUGAUACUCACAGAAAAUGUUGCUCUUUCCGUGCCAGCCAUGUUGGAAGCCGCCAAAAAGUUGUGAUUUUGGUUACUACAUUAAUAUUUGUUUUAAUGAUUGCAUCUGCGGUCCUUAUUUGGAUUGGGAUGGGAGGGAAUCCUAUCAAUUCAGCAGUGGUGACCCGGGCGUAUGUAGAUCUGUUUGCCAUUGUGAACCUUUGUCUAGGAGGAGCAUUAGCAUGUUAUGGACUUGUGUUAUUCUUGAAAAUGAGGAAAGUAAGAUCUGAAAGAGCAGCUUCUGAAAUGUGGAAGGUUGCAGGUUUGGCAGCUGUAUCUGUUCUUUGUUUCACUUCAAGUGCAUCAGUAGCAAUCUUUACUGAUAUACCUAUGCUUUAUCAGUGGCAACAUCGUCAACAUGCUAACAUUGUAUAUACAACUCUUCUGUUGAUUCUGUAUUCCUUCAUAGGUUUAUCUGUCCCUUCAGCAUUUCUGUUAUGGGUUAUGAGAGAAUUACCACCUCCAGUUGUAGUUAGUGCACAAGAAGAAUCAAGAGCAAUAGCUUUCAUUCAUGAUAAUUCAGUAGCCAUCCAUCCUUCACGGUGGAUUGCUACCGCAAGCUCGCAGAAUCAGGUAUCAAGAGCGAGCCCUAUAUAAGUGCACCCUGAUGGAUUCUUCUUUGCUUGAAGUACUGGAGCUUGCAGUGAAAAUGCUGAGAAAGAAAUUGGCAGAUAAAAGUUGGAUCAUAGUAGCGCAGCCCCAGUUGAGAUGAAGGAAAUUUAAUGAUAUCCUUAACAAGAAGGCAUUGUGGUGCAGCCGUAAGUCUGCCAUUUGCCAUGAUUUUGACAAUCUUGUACAUAACACCACAAUGCAAACAAAGCUCCUUUAACCUUAGGAUUGCCUGUUGCAAGGCUUCUGGGCAUAGAAUGGUUUCCCUUAACAUUGAACUCUUUUCUAACUAAAAUGUUUAAUGCAAUAAUAUCCAUGCCUAUAGUAAUGAUUGAAAGUGCAUUAUCAUC